AUGACGGGAUGUGUAGUUCCGCUGUAGCGUUUCCCAGGGCGCCUGUAGGUCCAGCCGCAGGACUGAUGACGUAGGCGGAAGUGGGACGAUAGAGUACUUCCGGCAGGGUACACGUGUGGUGCUGUGGGACCGGGAUAAAUUGCCGCCAUGUUGGCCCACGAGGAGGACAGCGCCUCGGAGACGGACUCUGACUUUGAUCCUUCAGAACUGACAGAUAAAGAGCUGCAGGACGCCUUCGCUCAGGGGAAGCUUAAGCCUGGACUGAAUAUCGCACUGGAAGCGAAGAAGAAGGCGCCUAAUAAUGCGAAUGAACUGAAGCAAAGUCUGAAUGAUCUGAAGAAAGAUUUACCCUGGGUGGAGCGACUGGAUGUGACCACCGCCCCCGUACCCGACCCAACUCUGCAGAACGGGAGCGAGAGCACAGAUGUGGACGCAGAAGACGACUUCAAGAGGGAGAUGAGCUUUUAUCGCCAGGCACAGGCCGCGGUUCUUUUCGCUCUUCCUCGUCUUCAGCAACUUAAGAUCCUUACAAGACGUCCUGAUGAUUAUUUUGCAGAGAUGGCGAAAACUGAUCAACACAUGCAGAAGGUCCGAAAGAAACUUCAAGCCAAACAAAUGUCGAUGGAGAAAUCGGAAAAGGCCAAACAGCUGCGAUCUCUGAGGAAGUACGGGAAGAAGGUGCAAAUUGAAGUUUUACAGAAGAGACAGAAAGAGAAAUCCAACAUGAUGAAUCAGGUCAAAAAGUAUCAGAAAGGUCUUUCCGAUAAGUUGGAUUUUCUAGAGGGCGAUCAGCAGCAACAGAAAUCUGGUGGAGUAAACCCCAAGUCGAAGAAAGGACCGAACGCCAAGAGAAAAUACAAGGACCAGAAAUUCGGAUUCGGGGGUAGGAAAAAGGGGUCAAAGAUGAACACAAAGGAAAGCUUUAAUGACGUGUCCAGUUUCCGGGCAGGGGUGGCGCAUGGACGAGGCCCCCACAGGCCGGGGAAGAAGGGAGGAAAGAACGCGAAUAAGAGACCGGGUAAGAAGGUUCGGCAGAAGAUUAAGAAUAAAGGAAGAUAAGAGAUGGAUCUGCCGGAACGUAGGACGCAGACAUCCUGGUGACCUCUGUGCAGGACUGUACAUUGUCAGAGACUCUUCAUGAAUGGCGCAUUUAUUGCGCCCCCUGCAGCUAAUGUUAAUUUUUGUAUGGAUUGUUUUUAUGGUUUCAUUAAAUAAGUGAAACUACAAGCGGCUUCAGCUCUUUAAAGGAGGAUUCUGGUAUCAGAAAAUUGUAUUUAUAUCCAUCACCCCCAAUCACUUACUGGGGGAGAUUUAUGAAAACCCAUCCAGAGGAAAAGUUGCCCAUAGCAACCAAUCAGAUCACUUCUUUCAUUUCUGAAAAAUGAAAGAAACUAUAUGGUUGCUAUGGGCAAUUCAGCAACUUUUCCUAUUGACAGGUUUUCAUAAAUCUCUCCCCAUUGUCCUGGCUUCAGCAUAAUUUUGCUUGAAAUAUCCCUGACAGGAAGUUGUGUAGUCCUCUCAUUGUCAGUGUGGGGUUGUCUCAUCAGAUCCCAAACUCCUCCCUCUCUCCUGAGAUGACGCACUAUACUUCUGCUGUCUCAGGAGGCAUGGAUUGAUCUGGUCUCUGAACUCCGAUCCCAAUACCCCCCCCCCCCAGUCUGAUGUAAACGCCCCUGACCGCCCCUACAUCAUCAUCUCCCUGUCAUAUACAUAUAUAUCUUUUUUUUCACACUUAGGGAAGAAUGAGGUAUGGUUACAGCAUGCUGCCUUGUGCUGAACAAUGCCACAGGCAAAGUAGCAGACAGGAUGUGAAUACAGCAGGUGCUUCAAACUAACCUAUUGUGCGAUAGUCUGCUGUAAAAUUAGAUGUUUUGCAGCUGCUCUGGGCAGGGAACUGGCAGGCAGAGGACUGUGAUAUAGAGCUAUGUGACAGCAGUGCAAUCUGGGAAUUGUGGCAACUGCUUAUAGGGCAGAAAGGUAAGUAAUGAAUAUACAGAAUAUUUGUAUUUUCUGACUGAGUAGCCUUUUAAUGCUGGUGACUGUAUUUUGGAGAUGUCAUCAAUUCGUCAGUACUGACGGUGCCUUUACAUAAUGUUCAUUGCAAAAUGUGAAUAAAAAAAAUAAAUAAAUCAGUCUUCCUGGACCUGUUACUUUCCAGCUGUUGCAAAACUAUAACUCCCAGCAUGCUUGAAGUUGUAGUUUGGAGAUCACUAAUUUAUGGCAAAUAGGAAACUGAUGCAAAUGUCGUCCGUUCUACAAAAACAUAAUGCAGAACGGAAGGGAACAGUAAAGACUGGGCGAACAGAGCCUCAUGUGAAGGAGGGAGACUUUUCGGCUGGGGCCGCCCAUGUGAUCAUGCAGUCAGCGCUUUGUACUUUGUCUGUAAAGGCGGAGUUGUGCAGUUACCCAGAGCAACCAAUCAGGUUGCUUUCAUUUUUAAAGAGCCCUGCCAAAAACAAAAGCAAUCUGGUUGCUAUGGGCAACUGCACCACUCUUCCUCCACACAGGUUUUGAUAGAUCUCCCCCACAGUGUGCACGCUGCGGGGGUUGGCCACACACCCUCAUGAUGUCAGGACACGCCCCCUUCAAUGCACGUCUAUUGGGAGGGGGCGUG